AUGUUCUUUAACCCCAAAUAUCAGUAUGGUUACAAAAAAGAACUGAAACUGGAUGAUGUCUUAUUGGAUGAGUUCGUUGAGCUUCUCGAAGUGAUCUAUCCAUCACAUAAACCUGUCAAUGGUCAGUAUUGUUUCAGUUUUAAUUUCAGAUCCGUUCUUCUGCGAGUAUUCAUUAUUUGGAAUAUUAUUGUUAUUGUAUUAACAUUUUGA